GUGAGUGGUCAGUUAAAUGCCUGGUCUCUGUUACAUAAGCAGCAGCAAAUCUCUGCGUUUAAAACUGGGGACUGACUACUUUGUACGGAUGAUGAUGAACCUUUCCUUACGUUUGAGAAGACCGUCCUGGAUGGUGGAUAGUAAAAGAAUGGGGAUGACUUCAGAUUUACAGUGGCUCUUAUUAACAUGUAUUCUCCUGUACUUAAUGAACCAAGUAAAUAGCCAGAAAAGGGGGGCUCCUCGUGAUUUGAAGUGUAUAACUAACAAUUUGCAAGUGUGGGACUGUUCUUGGAAAGCACCCUCUGGAGCAGGCCGUGGUACUGUUUAUGAAGUUUGCAUCGAAAACAGGUCUCAUUCUUGUUAUCAAUCAGAGAAAACAAAUACUAAAAUCCCUGCUCUUUUACCUGGUGAUCAUGAAAUAACAAUAAACCCUCUGUAUGAUUUUGGAAAUCUUAUAAGUAAAUUCACACUAAAUGAAAAAAAUGUCUCCUUAAUUCCAGACACUCCAGAGAUCUUGAAUUUGUCGGCUGAUUUCUCAACUUCCACAUUACACCUAAAGUGGAAUGACAGAGGCUCUGUUUUUCCAUAUCAUUUAAAUGUCAUCUGGGAAAUUAAAAUUCUACGUAAAGAAAAUAUGGAAAUUGUAAAAUUAGUGACCCACAACACAACUGUGAAUGGUAAAGAUACAGUUCAUCACUGGAGUUGGACCUCAGACAUGCCCUUGGAGUGCGCCACUCAUUCUGUGGGAAUUAGAUGCUAUGUUGAUGAUCCUCAUUUCUCUGGUCACAAAGAGUGGAGUGACUGGAGCCCACUGAAGAACGUUUCUUGGUCACCUGAUUCUCAGACUAAGGUUUUUCCUCAAGACAAAGUGAUACUUGUAGGCUCAGAUAUAACAUUUUGUUGUGUGACUCAAGAAAAAGUGUUAUCAGCGCAGAUUGGCCAAACAAAUUGUCCCCUUAUCCAUCUUGAUGGGGAAAAUGUGGCAAUCAAGAUCCAUAAUAUUUCUGUUUCUGCAAAUAGCGGAACAAAUGUGGUUUUCACAACGGAAGAUAACAUAUUUGGGACAGUUAUUUUCGCAGGAUAUCCACCUGAUAUUCCUCAAAAACUGAACUGUGAGACCUAUGAUUUAAAAGAGAUUGUCUGUACUUGGAGUCCAGGAAGACCAACUGCAUUGGUGGGCCCACGCAAUACAAGUUAUACUUUAUUUGAAAGUUUUUCAGGGAAAUAUGUUAGGUUUAAAAGAGUUGAAGCACCAACAAAUGAAAGCUAUCAGUUACUCUUUCAAAUGCGUCCAAAUCAAGAAAUAUAUAAUUUUACUUUGAAUGCUCGCAAUCCUCUGGGUCGAUCAGAAUCAACUAUUUUAGUUAACAUAACUGAAAAAGUCUAUCCUCGAAUUCCUACUUCAAUCAAAGUGAAGGAUAUUAAUUCAACUGCUGUUACACUUUCCUGGCAUUUACCAGGCAACUUUGCAAAGAUUAAACUUUUAUGUCAAAUUGAAAUUAACACAACUAACUCAGUCCAAGAAUUGCGGAAUGUCACAAUCAAAGGAGUAGAAAAUUCAAGUUAUCUUGUAGCUGUGGACAAGUUAAAUCCAUAUACUAUAUAUACUUUUCGGAUUCGCUGUUCUACUGAAACUUUCUGGAAAUGGAGCAAAUGGAGCAAUGAAAAAAAAUAUUUAACCACAGAAGCCAUUCCUUCAAAGGGACCAGAUACGUGGAGAGAGUGGAGUUCUGAUGGAAAAAAUUUAAUAAUCUAUUGGAAGCCUUUACCCAUUAAUGAAGCGAAUGGGAAAAUACUUUCCUAUAAUGUAUCAUGUUCACUCGAUGAGGAGACACAGUCCCUUUCUGAGAUCCCUGAUCCUCAACACAAGGCAGAACUACAACUUGAUAAGAAUGACUACAUCAUCAGUGUGGUGGCAAAAAAUUCUGUUGGCUCAUCGCCACCUUCUAAAAUAGCUAGUAUGGAAAUUCCAAACGAUGAUCUCAAAGUAGAGCAGGCUGUCGGAAUGGGAAAUGGAAUUCUCCUCACUUGGAAUUACGAUCCCAAUAUGACCUGUGACUAUGUUAUUAAAUGGUGUAACUCAUCUCGGUCUGAACCCUGCCUUAUGGACUGGAAAAAAGUCCCUUCAAACAGCACUGAAACUGUAAUAGCAUCUGAUCAGUUUCGACCAGGUGUAAGAUACAGUUUUUUUCUGUAUGGGUGCAGAAAUCAAGGAUAUCAGUUAUUACGUUCUGUAAUUGGAUAUAUAGAAGAACUGGCUCCGAUUGUUGCGCCAGAUUUUACUGUUGAGGAUACAUCCGCAGAUUCCAUAUUAGUAAAAUGGGAAGAUAUUCCUGUGGAAGAGCUCAGAGGCUUUUUAAGAGGAUAUUUAUUUUACUUUGAAAAAGGAGAGAGAGACACAUCUAAAAUAAGGGGUUUGGAAUCAGGUCGGUCCGACAUAAAGGUUAAGAAUAUUACUGACCUGUCCCAGAAGACACUGAGAAUUGCUGAUCUUCAGGGUAAAACAAGCUACCAUCUGGUCUUGCGAGCCUAUACAGAUGGUGGCAUGGGCCCAGAGAAGAGCAUGUUUGUGGUGACGAAGGAAAAUUCUGUGGGAUUGAUUAUUGCCAUUCUCAUACCAGUGGCAGUGGCUGUCAUCGUGGGAGUGGUGACGAGUAUCCUUUGCUACCGGAAACGAGAAUGGAUUAAAGAAACCUUCUACCCUGAUAUUCCAAAUCCAGAAAAUUGUAAAGCUCUACAGUUUCAAAAGAGUGUCUGUGAGGGAAACAGUCCUCUCAAAACAUUGGAAAUGAAUCCUUGUACCCCAAAUAAUGUUGAGGUUCUGGAAACUCGAUCAACAGUUCCAAAAAUAGAAGACACAGAAAUAAUGUCUCCGGUAGCUGAGCGGCCAGAAGAAAGCUCUGAUGCAGAACCCGAGAACCACGUGGUUGUGUCCUACUGCCCCCCUGUCAUUGAGGAGGAAACGCCGACCCCGGGCGCCGAUGAAGCCGGAGGGACCUCUCAGGUCGUUUACAUCGAUAUCCAGUCUAUGUACCAGCCCCAAGCGAAGCCAGAGGGAGACCAAGACAACGACCCUGUCGGGGGGGCCGGCUAUAAGCCACAAAUGCACCUCCCCGUCCCUGCUGCUGUGGGAGACCUCGUGGCGGAGGACGACUUAGACACAACUGCAGGCUACAGACCCCAGGCCAAUGUAAAUACUUGGAGCUUAGUAUCUCCAGACUCUCCCAGGUCCACAGACAGCAACAGUGAAACUGUCUCUUUUGGAAGUCCCUGCUCCAUUAACUCCCGACAGUUUUUGAUUCCUCCUAAAGAUGAAGACUCUCCAAAAUCGAAUGGGGGAGGGUGGUCCUUUACAAACUUUUUUCAGAACAAACCCAACGACUAACAGAGUCACCGUGUCACUUCAGUCUGCCAUCUCAGCAAGCUCUCCGUUCUGGCGUUCCCAGGCCAGCACUGCGCAUCUUGGAGGGAUCCUGUGAAGUACUGUUAGCGAGGGGGACCUCACUGCGCGCAAGGCACACCAAGUGUUCAUGUACACCUAGUGUAGUCUCACAGCCAAAGUAGAGUAACCCAGACAUUCAGUCCAUGCAGCUCAAGUCUUGGAGCAAUCCGUGACUGGAGCCAAAGAAUUCUCACGUGCUCUACCUUCAGGAAGCCCUUCGUGGCUAAUCCUGUCUGGUCCACACAUGCAAAACAAGUCCCCCAGCCGCGUGUUCUGUUCUGCUAGUGGUUUUCUCAUAUGGAUGCUUUAUGGAAUCGCAAGCUGAUUUACAGGCAUGGGAGAAAAAUGUCAGAGUAACAGAUGAUGGUUAUUUGCCUGAUCCUUGCUCCAUUCUAGACGAAAACCAAGCACAGAUUUCAGAACUUUCAACAUUAGUCUCCUCUAUCCACAGCACUUACAAAAAAUUAAUAUAAUUUCUAAUGUAGUGACAGCUAUUUAGUGUUUUGUUUGAUAAAGUAUGCUGAUUUCCAUGCCUACUGUAUAAUGGUUAUCAAACAGUUUUCUCAGGGGUACAAACUUUGAAAAUGAGCGUGACACUGACCAGCCCAAAUUAGAAUCAUGUUGUCUUGCUUUGGGAGGUUUUGCAGACCAUUCCCUUACUCUGUAGCUUGCAUGCGAACUUCCCUUAUUGCAGUUGGUUGCCCUAAUAUUUAAGACCGAAAUUUCAAAGACUGGAGAUCUGAGGGGGUUUUUUUGUUUUGUUUUGUUUUUUUGUGACACAGUGUCAGUUUUAUAAAUAUAGGAGCCAAUCCAAUAUUACCAAUAAACCUAGAAUUGCAGUGAUUUGACUAUUUGAGGUGACUCCUACACAGACGCUCGCUGCAUUAACUCUUUGUACUGUUCGGACCGGCUUCAGCGCCUCCCGAGAACGCCGUGUCACAGAGUUCCAAUCACCCGGGCAGUGGUGACCUUUGACUCCUCGUAGCAAAGGUUCCUCCUGAUCAGGCGUUUUGGCAGUUUCUCCUUGUGAAAUGAUCAUCAGUCUAGACUAUUUGACCCAGUCCUCAAAUGUUUAAAUCUAAAACUGAAAAGAUCAUGCUUCCUACAGGAACAGUUCCUCAAGGGCUAUUGCAUGCGAGCUGUGGCAAGGUCCGUUGGAAUGGGUGGGCGUGCCCGUGUUAAAGGUGCGGUGGUUGCUGUGUGAGCCGUCCCUGACUGCAUGUCUUCACAGCCUCCCCGCCUGCCCUUGCUUUCCGUAAGUGAUGUCUAGGAUGAAUGUGGGUUUUGGAAAAGCAGAAUAAACUAAAAAGUGUACCUUACAUCUCCCCCACCCGUAGGUUGUCUAUGUAUUUUGUCUUUGGAGAGUUAAGGCAAAGCACCAGAAAAAUUGGAAAUACCUGAAUACAUCAGGAUGUGCCUAUUUUUCUUUUCUUUAUUUAAUCAUCUGAGGUUCUGUGAUAAUGGAUUGGUUAUCCUUUUUUUCUAGGUCCUCAUGUUUCUUUAUAAAAACCAUGUCAUGGAAAAAAGCCACACGGUGACAAGGGGCAAACCUCUUUGGGUACUCACUGAAUCCUGAUGGUAAUUGCUAGAAUUCAACUAAAUUUUUGAGCUUCAUGAUAUAUGGACGCGUGGAAUGAAACAGAACUAGUUAUGUACACAAUUAGUAUAUGUUAAAACCAUGGAAUAGCUCCUAGAGAUUUUCAACAAUGAAAAAUGUCUCAAACCAGAGCCAUCCCUGACAGUUUGCUGCUUUUAUUUAUCCUCUUGGGCUCCUCUCCUCAGCUUGCACCCCAGACACUCAGACCUGGGGCUGCCUGCAUUCCCUGCUGAAGCUUGUCAUUUCCAUCCCCCCCUCUUGCCCCCAGCUCCUGCCUUGUUCACCAUUGAAACCAAUGGAUCCUGGACUUCAUCUCUUUAGAUAAGUGUUGGCCAAGGUAAAAGUUUAUUGGUCUGAGCUACACUAAACUGAGAAUGGGGGAAAGGCCAGAAGCAAUUGUUGGAUCUCUGUCAUCAGCAUAUAUGCAUUGCAGCUGUGGCCAUCUGGAUCCGGUGCCCUUUCUAACCUAUAUAAUGACUCAUUUGUUUGGCUUACGGUGAAUAUCAGUGGGCUCUUGAGUCCUUUCACCCUCUCCAAGACUUCAGUGCUUUUCCUGCAUGAGAAAGGGUCAGAGUGCUGCUCACCUCUCACCUUCCCCUGGAGUUCCAUACACAGCGAUCACUAGGUGAAUGGGAAGUGGAGCAACACUGUUAGACUGGGCAAGCUCUUUGUAACGUGCUAUAUGCCUACAAGUAUGUGGUUUAGGGCUGAGGCCAAAGCAGGUGGUUUGUCUUUCCCCACUGAGUUGAAGACAGACAGACCCUCUGUGCAAAUCCAAAGUCAUUACCUCCCGCCCCCCCCUCCUCGCCCCUGCUGCCCUACCUGGUCAUGUGGGGGCAGCCUCAACACAGGGAGAGCAGACACCUCCCUUUGUCACAUAUCAGGUUGUUUGUGGCACCUGGUAAAUAGGCACUCUUUGUCAAUGUCAGGACCAUGCUCAAGUGUGAAAAGCAGUCUUGUAGUUGGUCACGCUCUGUCCAGUCAUUUUAGCCCCUCUCCCUGGGGGAUGGGACACUAAAGGCUAGUUGGGAGGGGGAGGCUAGAUGUGUUCCCUUCAGCCCUUCCCAACUGGCAAAAUAAUUGGGAGAUCCCUCUUUCCUCAACUAAAGCCUAGUCAUUGGUUAGAAAACUCUUUAAGUAUCUGAACUCAUUUAUGCCCCACAAUGUCUGUUUAAUAAUAGUCGGUAUUAGGACACAUUUUCCUAUCUUGCAUAAGCCAGUUCACUUACAAACCAAUUUCAGAUCAAGCUUCCCUUGUGAGGAAUGGAGAUUCUGGUGGUCAUUAUGACUGCAUUUCUCUUGUGAGUGGCCCUCUUAGAUAAACAGUAUUUAGUAUAAAAAUAUUCUUAGAAGACUUAGCUAGAAUUUUGACAUUUAGGUAGAGCUUGUACAUUAUGUACUGCAUGGAUUAGUACCCGUGUACAGUUGAAGUCAUCAACGUGCUGAACUGUAGAAGCCUGGCUUUGAGAUUGUGGCCCCGGGUAUCAGGAUAGUUGUGUGUUUAUGUGCUUAGGUGAUAGAGGUGCUGUGUUCUUACAGCUUAGACUCAAGCAGCCAUUCAUGGAAAAGGUUAAGGGUGAAAGGAUCAGCCUCGUUUUCCAUACCAGCAUUACUUUCACGGCUCAUGGAUCUGAAGGACUGCAUUUAGAACAUCUAGUACUAUUGCACUCAGAAACUGUGGUAAAAGUCACAUUAUUAAAACUUCAGGCAACUUGUAUUCUUGUUGGAAAUCAUUAGUCCUGUAAUUUCUUAAUUGUCUUCAUAUGGUUUGUGUAUAAAGAACUUGGCAGUCCUUUCUGCGUUUGAAUAAUUAGAUGUAGGUUAGUGAAGGAGACUAGGGAAUAUUUUCUUCCAAAAGGAAUUUGAAAUCAGGUUUAUAGUAUUUUGAAAUUAAAGUACUCCCUAACAUCUCAAAAUGUGGAAAAUGUUAUCUCAAAUUUUUUGACAGCUCAGGCACAUAAUCUGAUGAGACUUUUUUUUUCUAUUUAUUCUAAAGUAAUUUUUACUGUUUCUGUGUUGAACCAUUUAAAAUUUGCAUCUUUUAUAAAAUGCCCUUUUAUCUUGAAAGUCUAAACUUAGGCAUCCCAAAAGUCAAAUGUGAGAUCAUUAGCUAAUUCCAGAGAAGACUAGGUACAUGGUGGGAAUUCAACGAGUGAUUGUUUAUUGACAGAGUCCCAUUCCAGAAUGUGCAAUUUUCACGAAGGGUGGUUUAUACGAGGAUCUAGCCCAAGACUAUUGGCUGAAAGAUUCAAAUCUACUCAAGAAGUAGCUCCAGUUUGAGUGAAAACUUGGGAAAGACUCAGGCAAAAGCGUCAUUAGAUAUCUUAUUCCUCUCUCCUUGUGAGAAUCCAUAGCAUCUUUUUAUUUAAUGGGUACAAAACUUGGGACAUGUUCGUACCAACCAGCAUUGUUCUAGCAAACCAACAAGACAUUGAUGUGUGAGCUUAACUAAUUAUAAGGACUCAUGCAUUCUCUUGAUAAACUUUCUUCAAAGCAUUUAUUUUAAACUGGUAUUUCCCGCUGAAACAAAAUUCCAUGGUACCUUGCCCAUCCUGCCUUUCAUAUCCAGAAGAUUUUUCACAGAAGAAAUUUUCCAAACUUACUGGAAAUGCAUCCUUUAGACAUGACCUUAGAAUAUCAUUGGAAAUCACUUGGUUUAAAUUUGGUCUAUUUAUGUCUUUGUGGAUUAUGUACCAGGGCUAUUAAUAUUUAAACCUCUUAUUUCGAUAGGGUGGUGAGAUUUUUAUUUCUUUUCAGUUUGUGCCUUUGUCUUAACUAUGACAUGAUCAUAUUCAUGCCAGUUAUGAUACAAAUGAGCUAUUUUUAGUGCCUGUAUGGAGGAUUAAGAAGAACAUUCAGUUAAUUGAUAUGUCAGGCUGUAGUGUGUGUGGUAAAAUUCCACGGGAUGUGAUUUGAUCUAGAAUAUAUUCAAAUUCUUACAAUUAUGAUGCUGAAUUGACAGGUUUCUGUUCUUUUUAACCUUGAGUGUGCUUGUUUCUCCCUAUAUUAAGAAUGUUAAUAUUUUGAAUUAUAAGUGUCCAAGUUGCAGACAGAAUUUACCUAUGCAAGAUAAAUUCUAACUGUGCAACAUUUUUAUGAAAAUUAAAAGUAGUGUUUUAAGAGGGAAACCUUCUGAAAGUUUUCAUUACAAGUGCCUAGCUGAAGAACCAUAGAAAAAAUAAAUUCAGAAUCUCUCAAAUAAGUAAGCUUUCACUGAUUGAAUAUUAACCAAAUACAAAACAGUAGUAACUUACAUUACUUUUUUAUUGCUAUAACUGAACACCCUAAAAACUAAGAGAUGUGAUGGGGGGGAUGAAUAUUUCAUUGAUAAGGAAAUCAAUUUGUAUUACAUUUACAUAUAUUUUCUAAGAUUUCCUUUGCACUAGCCAAUCUGAACUUUAAAAAAGCCAAACAACUAACAACAAAGACCUUAUGCUGCCCUUAAGCCAAAAAUACUUUGUAUACCUGGUUGAAUGGUUUAUUUAAAUGUAUUGAAUUUCCUUACACAUUUAAAGUGUACUUCCCUUCAGAAUUACUCCAUUUUAAAAAUGGGUAACUUUCAAUUUCUGAACUUCCUGUUCCUCCUAAACAUUCCAUUAUAAGACAUCAGAAAGAUUUCUAGGUGGUAAUACAAUUUCCAAUGAAACAUGGACAAGUUAACUGUUAGGUUUAACAGUAGUAUUUUGGCAAUCGAUCAUACAAAACAAUACUAAAUUUUCAUUAAAAAAUGUUUCAAAUGUUUGGCCCCCAGUUUGAUUCCAAAACUUUUUCCCAUUAUUUAUGAUACACCCUUUUAUUUAAUUUUUUCCUUCCGACAUAAUGUUUUGGAAAAAGAUUAAUAUGUUAUGAAUAGUUGAAGACAAAACACAGAAAGAAACACCUAUUCAGUUCGUUGUUGUGGAAGGGUAGGUAUUCUGUGCUACCUUGGCGUUUGUGCUUUCCUAUUAUUUUCUCAAAAAGGAGCAUGGCUUUUUCUUAAAUACAUUUCAAUUCAGCAUUGCUUGAAAAAGAUUGGCCUGGAUAGAAAGACAUACAAAAUUUGAGAUGGUACCGCCUUUACAAGUAUGUCCAAAGGUUGAAAAUCAUUUAAAAAUACUCAGCUAUCCCAAAGGAAUGUGUUGCCUUUUCUUGUCUCUCAUUAGCUGGCUAUAAGUCAGAGGUCUUCACGUUUAGGAAAUUGCCAUUUUUUUACUCUCAAAAUUGCAUUAUAGUGAAUUACUGUUUACAAAAUACACAUACUGUGAACAGAUAGAAGUUUUUGUCUUUUAUAAGGUUGUCUGUAGAAUGAGUGUCUUUUUAAAGGGGUUGUUGUAUGUUAAAUAUUUUCAUUUUUUUUAUAUAAAUACUAGUAACUGUUUACUAAUUUUUUGGUCAGGUGUGUGCAAAUGUAGCUGAAAGACAGGGAGAAACUGCACAUCCAAAAUGUCCCAUUUUCGUUUCUUGAAAUGUUACCACUACAGACUUUCUUUGUUUAACCCCGAAUUAUCAUUUGUGAUGUUCUGUACCUAAAAUCAUGCUUAAUCGUAUAAGGAAACCUUUAAAAACACACCUAGAGGAAGCAAACUAUAGAUUGCAGUAUAUUGGUGUGAUUCACUCUGAUUCACAGAAUUCCUAGUUUAAUAUGGAGUAAAACAACUCCACUUAACAGAGAUGACAACUGAAGUGUUUUCCGCCUUGCGAAAAUUUGGAGAUUAUGUUGCUGUAAGAAUGGAAAAUUUGAACAUUUUAUAUCAUCGUAUAAUUUCAGAAUUUAGUUUCCAUAUCUUUUGGAGAACAUGGUUAUAUCAAGAACGUAGAAUAUAAGUAACCUAUUACUAAGACACCUUAAACAUAAAACUAGUAUGCUUGGCUGUUAACUCUAAAGAUGUUACUUAUGUUUGUUUUUAAAAUGCAUGUAUUUAACAAUUUUAUCAUAGUAUUGUCAUGGAAAAAUAAAUAUAU